GUUGUGCGUUUACCUAGCAGGCUGGUUGUUGCAGGAAACAUGGCGUCCCAGUGCAGCCUUUCUACUUUAUUUCCUAUCCAAAGUGAACUGGAUUGCGCCCUAGAUGAGUCAACGACACAGCAAGAGAAAGAAAACCUUGUUAACGAGUAUUUGAAAAAACUAGACGAAGGAGAGGAUCUGAAGAUACCCGAUUUCCAGACAGGCUUGGAAUGGCUGAACACAGAGGGGCCUCUGUCUUUCAACAAGGAGCUGGCUGGUAAAGUGGUGCUGCUGGACUUCUUUACUUACUGCUGCAUCAACUGCAUGCACAUCCUGCCUGACCUGCACCAGCUGGAGGAGAAGCACUCUGUCAAAGAUGGAUUGGUUAUCGUUGGUGUGCACUCAGCCAAAUUCCCCAAUGAAAAGGUCCUGGACAACGUCCGCAGCGCCGUGCUCCGCUACGACAUCUGCCACCCAGUGGUGAACGACAGCGAGGCUCAGCUCUGGCAUGAUCUUGAGGUGUCCUGCUGGCCCACGCUGGUCUUAUUGGGCCCACGUGGCAACCUGCUCUUCUCCCUGGUGGGCGAAGGCCACCGUGACAGGCUGACGCUCUAUACUGAUAGCGCCCUCCGUCACUACGGGGAGCAGGGUCUGUUGAAGACGCAUGCAGUGGGGCUCAAGCUGUACCGAGACUCCCUGCCUCCCAGCAUCCUGUCGUUUCCUGGGAAGGUUGCCGUGGACGACAGCAAGAAAAGACUGGCAAUAGCCGACACUGGACAUCACCGAAUACUGGUGGUGUCCUCGACUGGACAGCUGUUACAUGUUAUAGGAGGGCCUAAAAGCGGGAGACAAGAUGGCAACUUGUCCGAAGCUUCUUUUAAUUCCCCUCAGGGUGUGGCCAUUAAAGGAGACACUGUAUAUGUCGCGGACACGGAAAACCAUCUGAUCCGAAAGAUUGACCUGUUAGAGGGAAGAGUCAGCACUCUGGCUGGAGUAGGUGCUCAAGGCACAGACAAAGAAGGCGGGGCCACGGGACCUCAGCAGCCCAUCAGCUCUCCUUGGGAUGUGACUCUUGGCUCUGCCGGUGGUGCUGAAGAUAACGUGCUGUGGAUAGCCAUGGCAGGGACCCACCAGAUCUGGGCUCUGUUCCUAGCAGAUGGGAAACUGCCCAAAGGAAGUGAGUCCAAGGCGGGCACAUGCGUGCGAUGGGCAGGUAGCGGCAAUGAGGAGAACCGAAACAACUCCUACCCCCACAAGGCUGGCUUUGCUCAGCCUUCAGGCCUGGCUUUAGCCCCAGAGGAGCCCUGGGGCUGCCUGUAUGUGGCCGAUAGCGAAAGCAGCACCAUCCGCACGCUGGCACUGAAGGAUGGAGCCGUCAAGUUGCUGGUCGGGGGAGAGAGAGACCCGCUGAACCUUUUUGCUUUCGGGGAUGUAGACGGUAAAGGGGUGGAUGCCAAACUGCAGCAUCCUCUCGGUGUUGCCUGGUGUCCGGAACAAAGCUUGCUCUAUGUGGCCGACUCCUACAACCACAAGAUCAAGGUGGUGGAUCCAAAAGCAAAGCAGUGCAGCACAUUAGCAGGGACUGGAGAGGCUGGAGGCACUCUGGGCCCUGAAUUUAACAAAUCCUGCUUCAAUGAACCUGGAGGGAUCUGCAUUGGUGACAGCGGCAAGCUUCUCUAUGUGACCGAUACCAACAACCACCAGGUCAAAGUUCUGGACCUGUCCUCCCAGACCGUUUCACUGUUCCCCGUCUCCUCAGACGUCCUGGACUCGGUACCUUCGAAGCCUUCUGGUCCUGCCAAAGCCCCCAAGCUUCCUAAAUCAGCUGCCAGGAAAGAAAUGCCACCGGUGGCAGUGUCAGCAGGCCAGACUCUCGCCAUAUCGCUCACACUGUCACUUCCAGAAGGAACCAAACUCACCAAAGAGGCGCCAAGCUGCUGGGCUCUUUCAGCUGAAGGUAACGAAUGGCUGCUAGAAGAUCAGGUGCUUACUGGUGACAUUGUGGAUCUGUCGAAGCCCCUCUCCAUCUCAACCAAACUUCCAGCUGCUUUUAAGGACUUGAACAGCAAUCCAAGCCUCAUGUUAGGUGUGUGGGUGUACUACUGUAUGGAAACAGGUAAGGCCUGUUUGAUGAAAGCAGCCUCCUUCACCCAGCCUCUUCAAAUAAGUGCCGAUCACAGAGAGGGAGAAGUCACUGUGGUGUUGGCUCAUGCCUUCUAAAACCUCUGACCUGUCUCAGUCACAGAAUCAACACUAUCUGUAGCGUUGAGUUUGUCUUUUCAGCUAAGCUAACCCCCCGGCUCCUGUUUUUUUCAUAGUUCUGGAGGCAGAAGACACAGAUUGUCUCUGACUGUCACUUUUGACAAAAAUGCAAUUCUUACUAACCUGAUUUUCAGGGGAAUUUCAUUUCAAACUACUCAGAAGCCCCUUCUGCGAAACAUAAUCCAUCUGCGCUGUAAUGUCCUUGACCGUGUGUGACAGUUAUUGAUAGGAAUGCAAAUAGUUACAUCUCCAGUCAUGUUUAGCAAGCAAAUUCUUACAGCCUAAAAAUCUAUAUGAUCGUAUAUAUUUAUGUAAUAAAUUCCUACAAGGACGGGCUGUACUUACUGCGAUGUCCAUGUUAGUGAUUCAAGGAUUAGUGUUUUCCCUCAAAAUUACCUUCUUAUUCAUAAAACACUGUCAUAGGAUUUAAUGAAUGCAGAUGAUAAAAGACGUUCUCUGGAUUUAAUGAGAAACUUACUAUUGUGAUAGCUAAUUGGCAAGUUGGGAUGAUGGUGUCAGCGGUGGCUGGGCAGAUGAACAGAUUUUCUGUCAUUUAAUGAUGUUUUGGAAGAUCUAAAAUACUUUCAAAUAUUGGAAACAAAGUAAAGGCCGUAUAAUCAUUUUUCACCUCAACAACCAGAUGGAUGUGAAUUUCAAAGACACGACUGUUUACAUUCAGAUGUUCUGAGCAAAAUCUUUUUCUCCUUCGGCAACUCCUAAGAAGUAAUUAUUGAACAUUGUCUGCUUUUGAAAAAUCAGUGGAAGCCUUCUCUUUGUGUUUGAAACAGUUUCUCACAAACAUUAAAGGAGCUUUUUUUGUUUUAGUCCCAUGAGGAAUUACAUAGUAGGAUUUUUUUCAAAGGGAUGUUUUAAGGGAGAGUUGGGAUUUAUGGAGUGGGGUUGUAUAAGGAACUUAUCCAUAGUCAGCGAUUAUACCUACAGUAGACGGUGGUCAGCACAUGUUCUCUAAGCUGAUAUUUUAUUCAGACUCGGACAAAGAAGUUUAAUUCUGUCUUUGCUUGCAUAAGCAUUGCUUUAGAAUGCUAAUAUGGAGUUAUAAAGAGGGAGAAAAGGACAGAAAUGAAACUUGUGCCUUGAGAGGCUGAUGAGAGGUUAGCUAUGCAGAGACACACUUUUAUUAUUAAUAUACUAAAAGCUCCAAAGUAUUAUAUAAAAUCUUUACCUUGUACGUUUUAUGAAUAAUACAUUUCCAUGUGCAUGUGUGUGGUCGCUUAAAUUUACGGUGGUGCCUUCAGGCGCACUGAUAGAGCUUUCAUAAAUAUUUGUCUACACAUGUGUCACCACAGAAAGAGCGGUUGUUUACACUCAUAGCUUAGAGCUUUGUUCCAUGUCUCUGCUCUCCAGACUAAUUUUACGUUUGAUUAUUUACAACACAAUGCGUCCUUUUGAUUGAGACCUGAAAAUAUUGUUAUCUAAGUAAUGAAUAAAGUGCCUGUUUUUGAUAAGGGGAGGUGAACUGAGGUGAACGCCCAGUAAGGAAUCAAAGACUUAUUAAAAUCUCUCAACAAGCAUUUAUAUCAUCUUAACUCCACCACAGGGAACAUGAUUCAGAGGAGCUCAUAAUGUGUUGUUGUAACACGCUGUGUAUUUUGUUGCAUAACAUGUAUGAUAAGGUCUUACUGUCUGUUGAGUGUGUCGGUUAUCAUCGUGGUCAUCAUGACAUAACUGUGCUUGUCAGACUGUAUUAUUUGGUUUGGAUCACUCGGCCCAAGUGCCUUUAUAUUUAUGCGAUGACACAUAAACUGCAUCAAAAGCAAUAAAAAUACAUUCAGUAAUGGGAGAAAUGUAUUCCCACAAGUUAUUUAUUUCAAAUGAAAGUUUUUUCAGUGUCUUUUCUCAGCUCUGUUAUCCCUGUGGCGUUUUUUAAUGAACUGUAAUGAGCUUGAGUGGCUGCUGGUGGGCAUUACGUUCCUUGAUUUCUUCUUCUCUCCCAGUGCUGCACUUAAAGAUGCAACAGAGCAAACUAAUAAAACAUUUUUAUUGAGUCUGAUUUGUGUGAGUCCAUCUUGGGUUUUCUAUAAGACUACUGGUGCAGUUUUAAACAAAUUAUUCUUAUAUGACUUAGUUUCAGACUUUGAGAAUCAGGUCACUUAAAGCAACAAUAUGGAACUCCUAUUUUGUGUUGAUUUUGGCGGCCCCUGUGGACAAAAGCGGCAAUGCAUCCAUGAGCAAUCAAUCGUUUUUCUUGCCAAGUAGGUUCUCACAGGUAACAAAUAUUCCAAGUAAAAAAACAGCAUAAAUAGAAAAUAUGAAGAAUAGAAAAAGUCA